AUGAAGCUUUGGUGCUGUCUAUGCAUCACCGAAGACGAAGAAGAAGAUAACCUAAACCUUAUGAAGGAAGACGACAUUUCCGGAAAGGACGUUGUUCCCGGGCUGGGAGACGGUGACGCUAACGACAACCGCGACCAUAACCGAUCCAUACCGUCGCCCACCAAGACAUUGGGCUCGUGGUCCGGCGAGUGCAGCGCGGUCGAGUGCUCGGACAGCGUAGCCGCAGGUGGCGCUGAAAGCCGCGAUUUGAGUCACAAACGCGCCAAAUUCGACGCUGAUUUCGAGGAGGUUCACUUUUCCACGAAUGCUGGGACAUGCGGUGCCUCUAAUGAAUAUGGAGAUUAUGACUACAUUAAAGGAUCUCUUCGACCCAAUGUUGAAACCUGUUAUGAUGCAUUUGGAUUGACGGGUGCUGGUGAGGGGAGUGCCUUUGGUUCCAGCAUUGUGGAAGAUGGUGAAGGGGAUGAUAGUGAUACCUCCAAAGUGGAAGAUGUUGAUGCCAGAAUGGAUCUCACUGAUGACUUGUUGCAUAUGGUCUUCUCGUUUUUGGAUCAUCCCAAUCUUUGUAAAGCUGCCAGGGUUUGUAAGCAGUGGCGAAGUGCAAGUGCUCAUGAAGAUUUCUGGAAAAAUUUGAAUUUUGAAGAUCGAAACAUUUCUGUCGAACAAUUUGAGGACAUGUGUAGGCGUUAUCCUAAUGCCACGGCAGUGAGCAUAUCUGGUUCUGCUAUUUACUUGCUUGUCAUGAGGGCCAUCUCUUCUUUAAGGACUCUAGAGGUUCUACAAUUAGGAAGAGGACCACUAGCUGAUACUUUUUUCCAUGCUUUAGCUGAUUGUUCUAUGUUAAAAAAGUUGAAUAUCAGUGAUUCUACACUUGGCAAUGGCAUUCAAGAGAUAUCUUUAAAUCAUGACAGAUUGUGUCAUCUUCAAUUAACAAAAUGCCGGGUGAUGCGAAUAGCAGUCAGGUGCCCGCAACUGGAAACUAUGUCAUUGAAGCGCACUAACAUGGCACAGGUUGUGCUUAAUUGUCCACUUUUGCGUGAGCUUGAUAUAGGCUCUUGUCACAAACUUCCUGAUGCUGCAAUACGCGCUGCUGCAACUUCAUGCCCUCAACUGGUCUCACUGGACAUGUCAAAUUGUUCUUGUGUCAGUGAUGAAACUCUGCGUGAAAUAGCAAUGAGUUGUGCUAACCUUAGUUUUCUUGAUGCAUCAUACUGCCCAAACAUAUCAUUGGAGUCUGUUAGACUGCCGAUGUUGACAGUUCUUAAGCUUCAUAGUUGUGAGGGGAUCACUUCUGCCUCAAUGGCUGCAAUAGCUCAUAGUUAUAUGUUGGAGGUUUUGGAGCUUGAUAAUUGUAGCCUGUUGACCUCAGUAUCUUUGGAUCUUCCUCAUUUGCAGACUAUUAGAUUGGUACACUGUCGCAAGUUUGCUGAUUUGAACUUGAGGACUAUGAUGCUUUCUUCUAUUCUGGUGUCAAACUGUCCUGCACUUCAUCGUGUCAACAUCACUGCAAAUUCACUUCAAAAAUUAGCAUUGCAAAAGCAAGAUAGUUUAACCACAUUGGCUCUGCAAUGCCAAUCUUUACAAGAAGUGGACCUCUCAGAGUGUGAAUCUUUGACAAACUCUAUAUGUGAUGUUUUUAGUGAUGUUGGAGGAUGCCCUAUGCUGAAAUCACUAGUUCUUGAUAAUUGCGAGAGCUUGACAUCAGUUCGAUUCUCCAGCACUUCUUUAGUCAGUCUUUCCCUUGGUGGUUGUCGGGCAAUUACUACUCUGGAGCUCACAUGCCCUAACCUUGAGAAAGUCAUUUUGGAUGGUUGUGAUCAUUUAGAAAGAGCAUCCUUUUGUCCUGUUGGUCUUCGAUCUCUCAAUUUAGGAAUAUGUCCAAAAUUAAAUAUACUCAGCAUAGAAGCCAUGGUUAUGGUUUCACUUGAGUUGAAAGGAUGUGGUGUACUGUCUGAAGCAUCACUUAAUUGUCCUCUGUUGACAUCUUUGGAUGCUUCCUUUUGCAGCCAACUCACUGAUGAAUGCCUGUCUGCAACAACUGCCUCAUGCCCAUUGAUUGAGUCAUUAAUAUUGAUGUCUUGCCCAUCAAUUGGUUUGGAUGGACUUUGUUCUUUGCGGUGGCUCUCGAAUUUGUCCCUGCUGGAUUUGUCAUACACCUUUUUGGUCAAUUUGCAGCCUGUUUUUGAGUCUUAUGUCCAACAUUGCAUUAGGAAAAUAGCUAGUAUGCUCCUAAUAAGACAUAUUCAAUCCUCCUCCCUUAAGCUAACUUUUGGGAGUGACUCAGUGGAGAACACAGACACUCAAGCCAUUUCUCUUGUUCAAAUGUUCUCCAAUGACAUCUUUUUCUGGCAAACCUCAGAUCUUGCUUGUCUUCUAACGGUGUUGCCUCUUGUCAUCAUAGCUUUACGUGCCACCAUUGACAAUCUCAUCUCAUUGAUCUUCGGUGGUCCUAUUUCAAACCUCUACUUGCAUUGGGUAUUAAAGUUGCAGGCAUGCAAAUAUCUCACUGACUCAUCACUUGAACCGCUUUACAAGGGUGGUGCUUUACCAGCACUUCAGGAGUUAGACUUGUCUUAUGGAACACUGUGUCAGUCUGCCAUUGAGGAACUUCUUUCUUGCUGCACACACCUUACACAUUUGAGCUUGAAUGGCUGUGUCAAUAUGCACGACUUAAACUGGGGAGGGCAUAUUGCUGGUGUAAAUAUGCUAUCAAUUACAAGUUCCUAUAAAAAUAUCCACGAGCUAAGUGAACAACCCACCCGAUUGCUUCAGAACUUAAACUGUGUGGGAUGUCCGAACAUUAGGAAAGUUUUCAUUCCAUUAGCAGCACAUUGUUCCUGUUUGUUGUUUUUAAACCUUUCGCUAUCCGCAAAUUUGAAGGAGGUUGAUGUAGCUUGUCUCAACCUAAGCUGGCUUAAUCUAAGCAAUUGUUCCUCUUUGGAAGUUUUGAAUCUAGAUUGUCCAAGAUUGACCAGUCUAUUCCUCCAGUCUUGCAACAUUGACGAGGAAGCAGUAGAGGCUGCUAUAUCAAGAUGCACUAUGCUGGAGACUCUUGACGUUCGCUUCUGUCCGAAGAUUAGCUCAAUGAGCAUGGGAAGAUUGCGUGCAGCAUGUCCUAGUUUGAAGCGUAUAUUCAGCAGCUUGUCAACUUCAUAA